AUGUCAACGGGUGUUGACGCUAUAUAACUGUUAGUUCGAAGUAUUUCGACCCUCGCUAUACACAAUCACAUUUGCAAAAUAACCGGCCAAAUAAGCUGAGAUAACCCAACAUCCAUAGAUAUAUAAUGAGUUUCCGCAGCAAGUGCCACCGGGCGUCAGAGAUCGUCUCCAAGUUUCUAGAGCCGGUUUCCGAGAACAUGGGCACCGACCAACGGGAGUUAAGAACACAGACACAGCAGCACGUCUUGGAAACGAUGAAAAUUCUCAGAUCCACACUUGCUCAUUACAAGCUCAACGAGGUUGCCAUAUCUUACAACGGGGGGAAGGACUGCCUCGUAAUCCUAGUAGUGUUGUUAGCGGUGAUGUACGACGUGUACACGGAGGAGAUCGGAUGCGACAAUUACAGACUAGACGGGAUCUAUGUACACAGUGAGGAGUCUUUCGAGGAGGUUGAGCGUUUUUUGGUGGAGUCGUGUGAAACGUGGGGCUUGAACCGCAUCAAGAUCAACGACGACUUGAAGAGCGGCUUCAGGGACUACAUGGAACACAUCAACCCCGAUGUUAAGGCGGUAGUGAUUGGUGUGCGGAGAACCGAUCCUUACAGUAAAAAUUUGACUGCCUCCGAAAUGACCAACAACGACUGGCCGCGCUUCAUGCGUAUCAACGCGGCGCUCGACUGGCACUAUGUCCACAUCUGGGACUUCAUCCGUGGCUGCGACCUAGAGUACUGCAAACUCUACGACUUGGGCUACACCUCGCUCGGUGGCGUCCACACCACCACGCCCAACCCUUAUUUGCGGCUCGAGUCAGGCAGCUAUAACCCCGCAUACGUGUUGCAGGAUGAUUUGAAGGAGCGUGCGGGCAGGGCCAAAAAAAAUACAUAGACAUACAUGUAAUUAUGGAUAGAAAUAGAAAAUCAUUGAGAUUCAAAUGCCACUCUUAC